AGCAGCAGUCGGGGCCCAGUCGGGGCGGCGAUGGCGGCGGCAGCUGUGGUGGCGGCGACGGUCCCCGCGCUGACGAUGGGCGCGGACGGCGCGUCCUCGGUGCACUGGUUCCGCAAAGGGCUGCGGCUCCACGACAACCCCGCGCUGCUAGCGGCCGUGCGCGGGGCGCGGUGUGUGCGCUGUGUCUACAUCCUCGACCCGUGGUUCGCGGCCUCCUCGUCCGUGGGCAUCAACCGGUGGAGGUUCCUAUUGCAAUCUCUGGAAGAUCUGGACACGAGUUUAAGAAAACUCAACUCCCGUCUGUUUGUAGUCCGGGGACAGCCAGCUGAUGUGUUCCCAAGGCUCUUCAAGGAAUGGGGGGUGACCCGCUUGACCUUUGAAUAUGACUCUGAACCCUUUGGGAAAGAACGGGAUGCAGCCAUUAUGAAGAUGGCCAAGGAGGCUGGUGUGGAGGUCGUGACUGAGAACUCUCAUACCCUCUAUGACCUAGACAGAAUCAUCGAACUGAAUGGGCAGAAACCACCCCUUACCUACAAGCGCUUUCAGGCCCUCAUCAGCCGCAUGGAGUUGCCCAAGAAGCCAGUGGGCGCUGUGACCAGCCAGCAGAUGGAGACCUGCAGGGCUGAGAUCCAGGAGAACCACGAUGACACCUAUGGUGUGCCUUCCCUAGAGGAACUGGGGUUCCCCACGGAAGGACUUGGCCCAGCUGUCUGGCAAGGAGGAGAGACAGAAGCGCUGGCCCGCCUGGAUAAGCACUUGGAACGGAAGGCCUGGGUUGCCAACUAUGAGAGACCUCGGAUGAAUGCCAAUUCCUUGCUGGCCAGCCCCACAGGCCUCAGCCCCUACCUGCGCUUCGGAUGCCUCUCCUGCCGCCUCUUCUACUACCGCCUGUGGGACUUGUAUAAGAAGGUGAAGAGGAACAGCACACCCCCCCUCUCCUUGUUUGGACAACUCCUGUGGCGAGAGUUCUUCUACACAGCGGCCACCAACAACCCCAGGUUUGACCGGAUGGAGGGGAACCCCAUCUGCAUCCAGAUCCCCUGGGACCGCAACCCUGAAGCCCUGGCCAAGUGGGCCGAGGGCAAGACAGGCUUCCCUUGGAUUGACGCCAUCAUGACCCAACUGAGGCAGGAGGGCUGGAUCCACCACUUGGCCCGGCACGCUGUGGCCUGCUUCCUCACCCGCGGGGACCUCUGGGUCAGCUGGGAGAGCGGGGUCCGGGUAUUUGAUGAGCUGCUUCUGGAUGCAGAUUUCAGCGUGAACGCUGGCAGCUGGAUGUGGCUGUCCUGCAGUGCUUUCUUCCAACAGUUCUUCCACUGCUACUGCCCUGUGGGCUUCGGCCGCCGCACAGACCCCAGUGGGGACUAUAUUCGGCGAUACCUGCCCAAAUUGAAAGGGUUCCCCUCUCGCUACAUCUAUGAGCCCUGGAAUGCCCCUGAGUCAGUUCAGAAGGCCGCCAAGUGCAUCAUUGGUGUGGACUACCCACGGCCCAUCGUCAAUCAUGCUGAGACUAGUCGGCUCAACAUUGAGCGCAUGAAGCAGAUCUACCAGCAGCUCUCACGAUACCGGGGACUCUGCCUUCUAGCGUCUGUCCCCUCCUGUGUGGAAGACCUCAGUCACCCCGUGGCAGAGCCCAGCUCUAGCCAGGCUGGGAGCAUCAGCAACACGGGCCCCAGACCACCGUCCAGUGGCCCAGCCUCCCCAAAACGCAAGCUGGAAGCAGCUGAGGAGCCUCCUGGUGAAGAACUGAGCAAGCGGGCUCGGGUGACAGCGAUGUCUGCCCAAGAGCCACAGACGAAGGACGUCUGAGACUGGAGAGCCAUCGCUCCGAGACACAGCCCGGGUGCCUGAGCUGCCACGGCCUACAGAGAAGCCAGUCACCAAGAGACAGAACGAACGAAUGUGUGUGUGUGCAGAGGAAGGCAUGGUGUGCCAUUUGCGUGUGCAUGCAUCUGUUUACACUCUUGUGAUCCUGAAUGCCAACUGGGCUGGAGGAGUCUCUAGAUCAUCCCUGUCACUGGGGCUGCUUCCUCACCUCCAGACACAGGACUAGAAGCCACAGCAGUGACUUUCAGCACAAAUCUGUUCCUGGGAGCCCCCUUCCUUGUCCCAGUAGAAUGUGGUGGUGGCACCCUAGCUGGAAUUCUGGUCUCUGCCUCCCCAGACUUCUCUUCCUGCCUCCUCUCUUCAGACAGCUGGAAGGCCACAUUUUUUGACUCUCCUAAAGUGUGGGGUUCCAGAGGCAGCCAGAGUCCUGCUGGCUUAGUUCUCACGCUCUGACGCUAGAGCCUGAGCAGGCUGAAAUAGAGGCUCCCAUUCAGACUUAACCGUCCUGUCCAGUCUUUUAAAGUCCCAUGCCACUGGCAGGUUCUUCCCUUGGGUGUCUAAGACUGCAGACUGGUGUGCUGUAUGCUCAGUCCUGCCCAUGUCAGCCUCAGACAGCAUAUCUGUCUUUGUAGGACCUUCUAGAAGCCAAGUGAGGACUAGACUCCCAGUCUCUGUCUCUUCCUUAGCAGCUAGGGCCCAGCCUCGGCCUCCCAGGAGCUGUAGAUACACCAGGGUCAGAGCUGGUGGAGGAAACCAGGCCUGUAACUUAAGGGCCCCUGGCUUCUCAGGCCACACUCCCAGGCACAUGCUCCAGCAAGUACUGCUGAUACCCAGCCAGGCAAGGUGGCCGGUUUGUGUCCUGCAGGCUUCCAGGGCCCAGCCUGGAAUGGUUAGCACCCACACUGCCACACUUCAGGACCAAGGGACGGGGCACGGCCUGCAGCCAUUGCUGAAAGAUCAGAUAGAGAUCACACCAUUCCCUUCCCAGAGAGGAAGUGGGAGGCUUGGCCCAGAGAAGCCAAGCCUUGCUUCACAGGGGGCCAUCUCUCCCUCCCAUUGUUGGUUCAUGUGGAGAAAGAAGUUAUGAAAAGGAUUGUGGGUAACUGAGCAAGUCUUCCUUCCACCCCGUGGCCUGCACUUGAGCCACAGUGUAUUCAUGUGGAGUGAGUGAGUGUGUGUGCAUGUGUGUGUGUGUGCGUGUGCGCGUGCGUGUGUUCCUGUGUGGAUUUUUGUUCUCACAUGUAACAUUAAGCUGGCCUCUGGGCCUUUUCCUCUCUACCUCCCCUGUGACCUUUCCUAGCCUCAGCAUUAUUGUUAAUGCCCUUGGCCCUGGCCUUCACUGUAUCAGACCAGAACCCUGGGGCCAGGCUCCCCUUCCCUGCAGCUGUCCAGCUCAUCUGACAGGCUUCUUGAGAUAGCCUCAGGUUUUCUCAGCAGAGAGCUGCCUUUAGUCCAACUGUUUAUGUCCAUCAUUCUGACUAGCAACAUCCUAUGAUCAUGUGGAGAAACGGCACAGGUGACACGUGUUCAGAACCCGGGGUUUGGCCUCCCUGCUCCCCAUCCCCAGGCCAAGAGGAAAGAGCCAAGGGAUCUUGCUGGAGGGACGAUAGAGUGAGCCUGGUCUGAGAGGCUCAAAGGCCAGGUCCUGUGUCCAGUAUUUCACAGCACCUUCAGCUAUGGGGACAGCGUCCUUCUUUUUGAUGAUGGCUCUCUUCCCAAGUACAAGUUGGCAAGGUCACCUGCCCCUCCGCCUCCUUGACAUGCUGGCCCAUUUUCAGGACAGCUUCCCAAUGAAUGAGACAGUCCACCCACCCCAGAGCCAAAGGAUGGAAUGGCCGGGAGCCCUGGAGUGGCCUCAUGCCUCCUUUUGCCUAGCCUGAGUGACUGUGAGGGCUGUCACGGAGCAGUGCCCCAUGUCCUGCUGCUGGGACCUAGCACGGGGCAGAGAUGGUCGCAGGCAAGAAGCACUUUAUAGAGUUCCCUAUUGCUGGGAAGGUUGGGUUUCUCCCAGUUUGUUUGUGAAUAUUUCCCUGUCUUAUAAAUGUCUGCCCCUGUCUGAGUAAA